AUGGCAGAGAAAAGAUUGUUUAAGGAGUUCGGGCAACUCAAUAAAGUCCCAGCUAGUCAAAAUAACCCUCAAAUAAUAACUUUACAACCCAAAGAUCCAGAAAAUAUAUUUGAAUGGGAAGCAACAAUAUGUAAACCUUCAAAAUCACACUCACCUUACUAUUAUAAAGGUCAAUGGAAUUUAGAUAUUUCUGUCACUUCACAAUAUCCCAUACAGCCACCGAAGAUUAAAUUUGAUCGUAAAACGCCAAUUUGUCAUCCUAACAUAAAUAUCGAAACGGGAGAGAUUUGUCUUGAUAUCUUGAAGUCGGAAAAUUGGUCUCCAGCAUGGAAUCUAGAACAUUUAGUUGGUGCUAUACUAAUGUUGAUAGAUGAUCCUGAACCCGAUUCUCCCCUUAAUAUUGAUCUGGCUAACCUUUUCCGGUCAGAUAAAAUUGGUUUCGAAAGUUUUGUUCAAUUCACUAUUUGGAAGUAUAAUACCUUCUAUGAGGAUGUCAAAGAGACCUCGGGUGUCAAAUCUACUGAAGAUAUUGUGAAUGUAGAGGAAUCGACAGAUGUACAAGAUAACAGGGAUAUAAUAAAAGAUGUAGGAAAGCAAGUAACACAAGAUUUCAUAAAUAAAGUUGAUGAAAUCAAACAUUCAAAGAAUAAUUCCCUCGACUCAAAUAGUACUUAUGAUGAUGCAAAGAGACAAAUUGUAGAAAAUGUUAAUAAGCAAGUAAAUGAGCUUUGCCUGAAAUCAGUAUCACCAGUUAGUGGAGAUGAAAAUGAUAUUCCUAAUAAGAUUGAUACCACCAUCGAAACCGAAUCCACAGCUGUUGACCCUAUAAUGGAAGAAGAAAAAAUAAAAUUCUUGAAAGAAAUAGACAAGAAGGUGAAUGCUUUCAAUAACGAUACCGCAAGUGUUACAGCAAGUGUUUCGACUUCUAGUACCAAGAGUUCUAAAAAAAAGUCAAAAAGAGAACGUUUGAAAGCUAUUAUUAAGAAAUAA